UUCCCACAAAAACUCUCUGGUAAGUUUCUGUGUUGUCCAUUACCUCACAGUGAUAUAUUCCUUCAGCUGCAGUACCAGUACCAGUGUUCCUCCUCAGUCUCACUACCAUAGGACCUCUGUUUCUCUCAAAUCCAGGAACAUCACCACUGCCUAAACUACCCACUAUGGUCCCCUCCGGAACAUACCAGUUUCCUCCAGAAGUAGUACUACCAGAUGGUGGAGGACGACUGAGGUAUACACCUGGAAAAAGGAAAGCACAAGAGUACAAACCCUCUGCGCAGCACUGUAGCUGCAACUCGCUGGGCAUUCGCACCGAAGGUUAAUACAUCAUGACUAUAUAUGUUUUUCUAAUUCUCAUCAUCAGCCUCA